ACUGCAGGCACACCGGAGGACGGCAGCUGCCUUCAGUUUCCGAGACAACAGUCGGCUCGCCUAGUUUCUUAAAAUAUGGAAACUGUUAUACUAAUAUAGUGUUUUUAAAUAUCCAGAGAUACCUUUCUACGUGUAGUCAGUCAGUAUAAAGUAAAGGAAUAAAGAAAUAGUGAGCUGUAAAAGCGGCUGGAGCUACACGUGGUAACGUUCAUGUUUGGUGUAUUAGGAUUGAAAUAGUUAGAUUAAAAACAGAAGAACUCUUUGAACAUGUCCCGAUACAACAAGAAGAACGGCAUCCCCGACAGAUGGCUGGAUUACGUAGCUGUUGGGAAAAGACUCCCCGGGACGCGUUUCGUCGCCUUCAAAGUGCCUCUGAAACAGUCGUUGAACCGGAAGCUUCCGUGUUCGGAUGUGUUCGGUCCGUGGGAGCUGCUGGACGCUCUGAGCAAAGACGAGCAGCGGCUGGGUUUGAUCAUCGACCUGACCUUCACUACGCGCUACUACACACUACAGGACCUCCCAGACUCGCUGCUGUUUGUGAAGAUCUUCACAGCCGGACACGAGGUUCCCAGCGACGAAACCAUCCUGAGCUUCAAACGUGCCGUACGCAGGUUUCUACGGGAGAACGCCAACAACGACGAGCUGAUCGGAGUCCACUGCACCCACGGUCUGAACCGCACCGGCUACCUGAUCUGCAGGUACCUGAUCGACGUGGAUGGGAUGGAUCCUAAAGAGGCAAUCAAGUUGUUCAACUCGUCGCGGGGCCACGCCGUGGAGAGACAGAACUAUCUGGACGAUCUACAACGGGGGCCGAAGAGGAGUAACGUGGGGAUGGAGGAGUCCGAGCAGGAGCCAAUGAGAGGCCUCGCCGCCCAGCGGCCGAGCUACGCCGCGUCGGACUCUGACAGCCGAGACGAGAGGCGGCCGCGCUUCAAUGACUCCCGGCACCAAAGCAGAUCUUUCUCUCCGAGGGAAACAAACCAGCGCUCACACCACAACCGUCACCCACACGGCGGCCGCGGCCUUCUUCCCAGUCCGCCAUUACUGCCUCCAUGGGCGGCGCCUCCACACGCGGCGCCUCCACACGCGGCGCCUCUCAACCCGUACCGGUGGACGGCCCCUCACGUUGACAGCGCGUGGAGGAGACCGCCUCACUCAGACGAGUCCAGAAAUCUUCCACCGGAGGAGACGAGAUCCAGAUACGGUCCAUCAGAAGAGAGCCGGUCCAGGUAUCUUCCACCGGCCGAGGCAAGAUCUAGAUAUCCUGUACCGAAAGAGACAGGAUCCAGGUAUCUUCCCCCGGCCCAGACAGGAUCCAGAUAUCCCCCACGGACCGAGAGCCGCUCCAGAUAUCUCCCACCGGAGCGGGAGAGGAGGCCGCCGUCCCGCCUGCCGGAGGACAGACGGAGAGAUCCUGCUCCUCCUCCGUCCCUCCCUCAUUACUCCGCACGCUGGGCCAACGAGUCCAACGGCGACAACAGACGAGAGGAGUGGCCCGCUCCCAGAAUGAGACACCCCUCCUCCACGCAAACACACCGACACAGAGUCAACGCGUUCGACGACUACUAGAGUUUGAGAUCCUGAGACACUGAGAUCCGCCGCACAGUUAUUAACGCUGUGGUGUUUGGUUUACAGCUUCAUCAGACUUCUUUAUGGGUACAUUAAUGGGACAAUGAAAUAAAUUCUCCUGCUGUGAUUAUUCUACAUGCUUAGAGAGAGGCAAAGGGUUUCCAAAUUCAAGCUUAAGUUCUAGGGGUGUCACGAUUUAGAUUUUAAACCAAAAAACGGUCAAAAUGAGCUUUCCAUUUGGAAAUCAAAAGCAGGAUCGGCGACUCUCCCGGUAUAUUUCUUUCUCUCUAUUUUCGCCUACUUCGCGUACGUUUGAAUAAAAAAAAAAAAAACCUCUGUGUUUUUCUUUUAGUAGCUUACGGUAGCAUAUGGCUAAAGACAGGGGAACUAAUGUUAGCUUAUGGGUAGACACAAGGAGCGACAAUGGUAGUGAGUAGUAUUACAGACAAAUGUCUUAAAAGCUGGGCUGGGAGUUUCACCGGAGGCCGAGAUCCGUUACUAACGGUGUGAUGUUUGGUUUACAGCUUCAUCAGACCGCUGGGAGCAUCACUACACAGACUUCCUUCAUCAAUGGGAAAUUCUGAAUGAAAUUCUCCUGCUGGGAUUAGUCUACGUGUUUGAAGAAGCAAACGUUUUUUUCCCAGUUAAGGCUCAGGUUCUAAGGGCGUCCCGAUUUGGAUUCACAUCGUAAAUCGAUUGAAAUGAGCUUUCCGUUUCGUCUAUCGAAAUCAGACGCAGGGUCGGCGAUUACCCUGGUAUUUUUUUUCUCUCUCCACCCCCAACUACUUGCGCACGUUUGAAGAAAAACACAACCGACGCGGCGGUAUUUAGCUGCUGGUAGCGUGCAGCUAAAGACACGUGGUAAUGUUAGCUUGGCGGUAGCCUGCAGCUGCUCUUUCCCAGACACCGCGGCGACUGGCGGAGUCGGAGAUGACGGAGAAACAACAGAACUGCAAAAAUCCUUCCCCGAAGUCACCGUGUGGCAACAUUUAGCCUUCCCCCGUGAGUGAGUUUAGGAAACAAACAACAUGGGUCAAGCCGGUGUGCUCCGACGGGACUCCAUGGUGCAUUCAUGUGCACCUUGUUAAACUAAUGGUGCAAUCAAUCGCAACUUAUAAACACUCAGAAACCCAAACUGUUGUAAUAUACCCUUCUGCCUUUUAGUGUUUUUCUUGUUUCUUGUUUUUUCAAAUUGAAUGGAAUCGUGACACCCCUAAUAGGUUUACAUGUUUUUAAAAUAUAUUGAAAGAGAUUUUGGUUGUUGGCUUAUAUUAAUGGAUCGGUUUCAACUCCUUUCUUUACUGAACUCUGCUGUUUAUUUCUGCCCAGCGUGCGGGUGUUGCAGUUUCGACGGCCGGCUCUACGGCGCAGCAUUACUGCAUACGAGAGGGAAAAUUAGAGUGUGUGAAUGUGAGAAAUGAAUUGGCUGAGACGCGAGCUGGCAAAGAUAAAAAGCUCCGAUGGAAACGAAUCUGUGGAGCAGCCAAAGUCGCUCGAAUCUCCUAAAGUUCCACCUUUGAAUUCCCUCUCUGUGUUUCCUGGCCGCGCUGCGGCGGAUAAAUGGAAACAGAAAGAGGGAAUUUGU